AUGGCCGGAGCAAGAUUAGUUGGCAGACUCGGCCGCCACUCCUCCUCCUUGCUCCCGCCCCUGCCCCGUCACGCACACCACCGGCUCUACUCUCCUUCCUCCUCCUCCGAAGGUCAGUAUUCAAAAAUGGGUGAUUCAGGUGAGAGGAAUGGCCACUGCACUCCUACACGGUUGCUAUUCUGUGGUCCAUAUUGGCCUGCUUCUACUAACUACACCAAGGAGUAUUUGCAGGACUAUCCAUUCAUUCAGGUUGAUGAAGUAGGUCUCGAGCAGGUACCUGAUGUUAUUCACAACUACCAUAUAUGUGUAGUAAAAAAUCGGAGUAUAGAUUCAGAUAUCAUUGCCAAGGCAACUCAGAUGAAGAUUAUAAUGCAGUAUGGUGUUGGGUUAGAAGGCGUCGAUGUAAAUGCUGCUACAGAACACAAAAUCAAAGUUGCCCGAAUACCUGGAAGUACGACAGGAAAUGCCGUCUCUUGUGCAGAAAUGGCAAUCUAUCUUACUCUAGGCAUUCUGCGUAAACAAAAGGAGAUGGAUACUGCUGUGAACCGGAAAGACCUUGGUAUUCCAGUUGGAGAUACAUUAUUUGGCAAAACAGUCCUUAUCCUUGGAUUUGGGGCCAUUGGUGUUGAAGUUGCCAAGAGGCUAAGGCCCUUUGGAGUAAAAAUUCUUGCUACGAAAAGAAAUUGGUCAUCAGACACAUUGCCAUCUGAUGUGGAUGAGCUAGUUGACAAGAAAGGUGGCCCGGAAGAUAUGUAUGAAUUUGCUGGUGAAGCUAACAUAGUUAUAACAUGCAUGACCUUAACCAACGAAACGGUUGGAAUAGUGGAUCAUAAGUUCAUUUCAUCAAUGAAAAAGGGAUCAUAUCUGGUCAACAUUGCCAGGGGACGCUUGCUGGACUACAAGGCUGUGUUUGAUCACCUGGAAUCAGGCCAUCUAGCUGGUUUGGGGAUUGAUGUUGCUUGGAUGGAGCCAUUUGAUCCAGAGGAUCCUGUUCUGAAAUUCCCAAACGUUAUCAUAACGCCACAUGUGGCUGGUGUCACUGAAUACUCCUACAGAACUAUGGCAAAGUCUGUUGGUGACACUGCCCUUCAGCUGCAUUCAGGGCAGCCGUUCACGGAAGUAGAGUUUGUCAACUAA